GUUGUCAUCUCAACAAGGAGUGGUUACUGGUGUGGUUUCACAAUAUUUCCGAAAGAAAAAGAAUCAAUAUCCUGUGUUGAAUAUCACAGCUAAAAUGGGGACUGGCUGAUAUUGCUUUAAACCGAUGCAGGGGCACUCCUCUCACCCUACAGCAGUUCAAAGCGCGUACUACUAAAAUACCAUAGCGCGUAAAAUAACCGUUAUUUAGAAGUUGUGAACGAGAGAAUGGCACAUACCACUGUGAUCAGAAAUGGGUCACCACAUGAGGAGAAAAGGGAGUCGGUUACAGCGGAGGAUGGAAACGCUACACCGAAAACCAGAGGCAUUCCUCUCUCCAGGAAGAUAUGUUAUGCAGUUGGUGGCAUGCCCUAUCAGAUGACGGCCAAUGCAAAAGGAUUCUUCCUGCAGAUUUUCCUGCUGGAUGUUGUACAGAUGGGGGCCUUCUAUGCAUCUCUCAUCCUCUUCCUUGGCCGAGCAUGGGAUGCCAUCACUGACCCUCUGGUGGGAUAUAUGGUCACCAAGAGUGGUAGGACACGCAUGGGCAAACUCAUCCCCUGGAUCGUGUUCUCCAUGCCUCUGGGUGUCCUGGCCUACAUCAUGAUGUGGUUCACGCCUCAGGAGGCCAUGUCUCCUUCCUCCAGUUUCUUCUGGUUCUUCAUCUGGAGCUGCCUAUUUGACGCCUUCAUGACUUGUUACCAUGUCCCCUACUCCUCACUCAACAUGUUCCUGGGGGGAGACCAGAAGGACAGAGACUCUGCCACCGGCUACAGAAUGGGGAUGGAGGUGUUUGCAACACUGGCCGGUGCAACCAUUCAGGGUCAGAUUGUGGGGGUGUACCAUGCUAAGAGUGCACAAGUCUGCAGCCAGCUGAACUACAGCGAGGCCUUCCUCCAUAACUUCUCCUCACCCCUAAUCCAGAACUUCUCCUCGCCCCUCACUGAUACCCUUCAGAACACGAGGAGAGCUUAUGUGCUUGCUGCUUUAGUUUUGGGGGGACUCUAUUUCCUGUGCUGUGUUGUGCUCUUCCUGGGUGUGAAGGAGCAGUUGGCUCCUCUCAGUACCCUGGGCCGGAUCCGCAUGCCCUACCUGGCAGGUAUGAAGAUGGUGGUGGGACACACCCCCUACGUGAAACUUGUAUUCGGGUUUCUCUUUGCCUCGCUUGCCUUCCAGAUGGCUCAAGGAAACUUUGCCCUCUUCUGUACCCAUGCUGCAGGUCUGGGGGCCUACUUCCAACACCUCGUCCUUAUCCUGCUAACAGCUGCCACAUUGUCCAUCCCCAUAUGGCAGACACUGCUUUUGAGACUGGGGAAGAAGACCACGCUCUACAUAGGACUCUCUAUGUAUGUACCUGCCCUUGUGAUCAUUGCGUCCAUACGCAGCAACCUGCCUGUCUUCAUCAUUAUGUCCAUCAUAUCUGGGUCCAGUCUAUCGGCACUCUACCUGCUGCCCUGGUCUAUGCUGCCGGAUGUAGUUGAUGACUUCAAGGUGAAGAAUCCCACCAGUACAGACCUGGAGCCCAUGUUUUACUCCUGCUAUGUUUUCUUCAACAAGUUUGGAGGGGGGAUGUCUGUGGGCAUCUCCACUCUGGCAUUACACUUUGCAGGGUAUAAACCUGGGGCCUGCAGGCAAAACCCAGCUGUGAUCACAGCGUUGCGGGCCCUGUUCGCCCCUGUGCCCAUCGUCCUCCUCCUCGUUGGUUUGGUGCUCUUUUAUUUCUACCCCAUCAACGAGGAGAGGCGCCGGCAGAUCCACAGGGAACUGCAGGAAGCAGAGAAAGUGGAUGGAUGCCAAGUAAUGAACGCAGUGCGAUUGGAGGCUCCUCUCACACACAGCCAGCCUGACUAACUGGAAGCUUCCGUCAGUCAGUGUCUUUGUCUGACAUGGUGCAUGACUGUUCACACCUCAUCUGGCACCAUGCUAGGAAACUGCUGCCUAUUGAGUUACUGUGAUUCACAGCAGCUCGCAUGUGUGUAUGCCAUGGAAGAUGAUGUAUGCCAUGGAAGAUGACUGUCAUGCUCACAGGCCGAAACACAGACACUUGACUCAGCCUAUAUAAUGAAUCUUUGCAUGUGUGUGUUUUCUUAUCCAACCAUCGUGGUCCUCUGUAGCUCAGCUGGUAGAGCACGGCGCUUGUAACG